GAUAGUCGUGUGCAAGUCCUGUGAUGUAUAUAAAUAGUAUGUUUUGUAAUAUGAUUUCACAGUUGUCGGUUUAGACUAAAGAGUCAUUAAAUCUAAGAGGGGGUCUGUCUGCCAUAGAGGAUCAUGCCGGUUUUUUUUUCUGGUGCUCAUUUGCUGAAGUUCAAAUGGUACAUCCAGACAUUCAACAUGUACGCUAUGGAAACUAACGCACCGACAACAACGUCUUAUUGUUGUGAACAUCAGGAAGUGCAGGGACAGCUUGGAUAGUUACCAUGGAGAAGUAGCAUCAGAAGGCAGUGUUGGGAGGCUGUGAGCCAUGGAGGACCAGAACCAUCUUACAGUGCCAUUAGCUGACCAUCACGUGUCAGAUAAAGGUCGAAGGGGCAAGAUGUAUGGUAUGUUGCUGGAGAGUGUCCAGUACUACAUAAAGACUGACCAUGGGGAGGACAUUUGGCGGGCAGUACUGGAACAUGUUGGACUGAAGAAUGCAGUUUUUACAACUCACGUUGUCUAUCCGGACCAUGUCAUGCUAGAUCUUUCCAAAGCUUGUAGUGUACUUGUGGGUGAUCGCACACCAGAGGAAUACCUGCAGUAUUUUGGUCAGUGUUUCGUCAAAUUCUUCAGCCAUUACGGCUACGACAAAAUUGUGCGGAUAUCAGGGCGGCACUAUCGUGACUUUUUAAAGGAAAUAGACAACUUGCAUGAAAAUAUGAGAUUCAGCUUCCCUCAUAUGCACAGUCCAUCUUUUAAUGUGAGUAAAGAGGAUGGAGAUGGGUGUGUAUUGGUGUAUCGGUCCAGACGCCAGGGAUUUAUGCAGUAUGUUGUUGGCCAAUUGUGUGAAUGUGCCUCAAUGUUUUACGGCAUUGAUGUUACUGUCAGUAAAAUCACCCAGAAAACAAUUGAUGCUGGCUAUUGCACAAAGUUUCGUCUCAAUUUCAUAAACAGUGCCUUUAGGGAGAAAGUGGGAGCCAUGUCCCAACUAUCUCCUUCCCAAUUCUCUACCUUGUCUGCCAACACGUUAUUUAAGAUAUUUCCAUUUUGUAUCGUAUUUGAUGAUAGCCUUAUCAUAAGACACACAGGAGCCAGUUUACCAAUGCUGUUAGAGACGGACAGUUUGGUUGGCUCAGAGUUACUGACCAGAUUACUGAUACGAAGGCCACUAAUAGACUGCACUUGGAGCAAUGUGAAGAGGCUACAGCGAGUGACAUUUGAGUUCCAGUAUCGGAGCCCUGUGCAUCGUCUCUCCAAUGCGAGUGGAGGGUCAGGAGUGAAGCCACAGGCCAGCAAAGUGUUGUUACGAGGACAAGUCAAGUUCAUGGAGGACUGGAACAUGAUGGUGUUUCUGUGUGCUCCCCUUGUAAGUGGCCUAACAGACUUGGAGAAGAUGGGACUCUACAUCAGCGAUCUCAACAUGUACGACAAUAGUCGACAGAUGGUUAUGACGGGUUGGCAACACUCUUCAGUACUCGAGUAUUCUAUAGAACAGCAAGUGAAACAGAGUGACAAGAUCUCAGGAACAAUGCAAAAGUUGGACGAGUGGCAACAGAAAAGCAACAUGUUGUUGUACAAUAUGAUACCGGAGAGCAUCGCCCAGGACCUCAAAGCUGGGGUCGACCCUAUCAAGACUUGUCAGGUAUUUGAGGAUGUGACGAUCCUGUUCAGUUACCUGGUGGAUUUCACCUUGAUCUGUACCCGGGGAACACCAAUGCAAAUUGUCCAAUGCGUCAACAACAUUUUCACUGUGUUUGACAGUGUUGUAGACAAACAUAGCUGCUUCAAGGUUGAAACUUUAGGAGAUGCAGUUUAUAUGGUUGCUGGUGGUGUACCAGACAGACAUCCCAAUCACGCCCACCAGGUGGCAGGCCUUGCUUUAGAUUUGCUCAGACUUUCAAAAGAGCUCAAAGACCCUACGACAGGAAAAUGUCUCCAGUUUCGGUUAGGCAUGCACUCUGGUGGUGUAGUAGGUGGGGUCAUAGGUCGCCGGAUGCCCCAGUAUUGCCUUUUUGGGGACACAGUCAACACAGCCUCGCGUAUGCAAUCCCAUGGCAAGCCAGGAAAAAUACAUGUCAGUGAACAGAGUUACGGGCACCUGGAAAAGAGCAACUUCAAACUGGUCUCCAGGGGUACUAUCGCUGUUAAGGGUAAAGGAACAAUGCAGACAUAUUGGCUAAUGGAAGGAGGUGAUAGUGUGGAUACCAGUAAUAUUAACUGAUAGUACUAGGAAGUGGUGUUGACAGUGUCCAGUGAUGGUGACAUGUUACAUCAGUGUCCAGUGAUGGUGACAUGUUACAACAGUGUCCAGUAAUGGUGACAUGUUACAUCAGUGUCCAGUGAUGGUGACAUGUUACAACAGUGUCCAGUGAUGGUGACAUGUUACAACAGUGUCCAGUAAUGGUGUCAUGUUACAACAGUGUCCAGUAAUGGUGACAUGUUACAACAGUGUCCAGUGAUGGUGACAUGUUACAGCAGUGUCCAGUAAUGGUGACAUGUUACAACAGUGUCCAGUGAUGGUGACAUGUUACAACAGUGUCCAGUGAUGGUGACAUGUUACAACAGUGUCCAGUGAUGGUGACAUGUUACAACAGUGUCCAGUGAUGGUGACAUGUUACAACAGUGUCCAGUGAUGGUGACAUGUUACAACAGUGUCCAGUGAUGGUGACAUGUUACAACAGUGUCCAGUGAUGGUGACAUGUUACAACAGUGUCCAGUGAUGGUGACAUGUUACAACAGUGUCCAGUGAUGGUGACAUGUUACAGCAGUGUCCAGUGAUGGUGACAUGUUACAACAGUGUCCAGUGAUGGUGACAUGUUACAGCAGUGUCCAGUGAUGGUGACAUGUUACAACAGUGUCCAGUGAUGGUGACAUGUUACAACGGUGUCCAGUGAUGGUGACAUGUUACAGCAGUGUCCAGUGAUGGUGACAUGUAACAACAGUGUCCAGUGAUGGUGACAUGUUACAGCAGUGUCCAGUGAUGGUGACAUGUUACAACAGUGUCCAGUGAUGGUGACAUGUUACAACGGUGUCCAGUGAUGGUGACAUGUUACAACGGUGUCCAGUGAUGGUGACAUGUUACAACAGUGUCCAGAGAUGGUGACAUGUUACAACAGUGUCCAGUGAUGGUGACAUGUUACAUCAGUGUCCAGUGAUGGUGACAUGUUACAAUAUUGUGGGAGAGAAAGGUCCCAAAACUUGUGAUGGUUGAUUAUCAUGUUUAUAAACAUUAGUAAGUUAAUAUUCAAAUUGUAAAAGACAGUUGCUAAACUUUGUGUCUUUAUCAUAUUAUUUAAAAACUACAUACCUCCAUAAUGAUUGAAUUUGGUAAAUUUUGCUGUCUGCCCCCCUAGAAUAUGUCAUAGCAAAAUCGAAGCAUAAGUGUGCACCACCUUAUGGAUGAGAUGGGAAGACUAGUUUGAACAGUUAGCAUGCAGAAAUGAAAGCCUCCGCAUGUGACAAACAAAAAUUCUUUUCAUCCAAUGAACACUGGCAUGACAAUGUUUAAGUAUGUCAAAUAUUUAUUUGUUUGUUGCAUGCAGAGGCUUUCAUAAAAUGAAGAGUGUUUAGUUCAUUCCCUUCAAAUUGGCAAAUUUUCGACCAAAUAGCGCACAAUAGAUGAUAUUCACGCAUUUUAUUAUGAAAAUGCGGGUUUAUGCCUCUCCUCUUAAUGCUAUAAUCUCCUAAACCAGUUGUCGAAUGAAUUUGAAAUGUCAUAUUAGCGUAUUUCAUUUAUUCCAGAUUACGAAUAUAACAACAAAUUCUAAAUCACUGAUGAGGCCAGAAAUGGCCCUUUACGCCCCUAGUCCUUUAUUGGCUUUGAAGUCAGGUGUCGCUCCAUUGUAAUCUUCAAAGGACUAGUGUCAGCCUGGUGAUUGGUCAGUUU